CGCGCUCCUGCUCUGUUUUGGUUCGGCUGAAGAGAGCUCCUGUGAAGCGAUGGCGUUUAUUAAAGAGGAGGGUGAAGAUGUGAAGAUUGAAGAAGCUUUCAGAGUCAAACAUGAAGAGACUGAGACACAGACAAAGAUCGAGUUUAUUAAAGAGGAGAGUGAAGACACAUCCAGAGUCAAACAUGAAGAGACUGAGACACAAACAGACUGGAUGUCAUGCAAAGAGGAGAGUCAAGAACAGAAUGAAAUGGAAGACAGAGAUCAGUAUGAGAAACAUCAUGGCUCCACUGGAGAAACCGCCAAUUUAAGUUGCUCACAGACUAAGAAGACUUCUACACGAAAAAGAGCACAAAAGACAAGAGCUAUACGUCAUUUCACCUGCCAACAGUGUGGAAAGAUUUUCAAUGUAAAAAGAAACCUUGAAGUUCAUACUAGAAUUCACACUGGAGAAAGGCCUUACAGCUGCCAACAAUGUGGGAAAUGUUUCAUUAAAAAGGGAUCCCUUAAAGACCACAUGAGAACUCACACCGGAGAGAAACCUUACACAUGCCCUCAAUGUGGAGUAAGUUUUGCUCUAAAAGGAAUCCUUGAAAGGCACUUCAGAAUUCACACCGGAGAGAAGCCUUACACCUGUCCUCAAUGUGGAAAGAGUUUCAUUCGAAAAGGAAGUCUUAAAGGCCACAUGAGAAUUCAUACUGGAGAGCAGCCUUACACGUGUCCUCAGUGUGGAAAGAGUUUCACACAUAGACAAGCUCUUAAUGCACACAUAAAAAUUCACAUAGGAGAGAAGCCUUACGUAUGUGAUGAGUGUGGAAAGAGUUUCUAUCAACCAGGAGACCUCAAAUUACACAUGAGGAUUCACACUGGAGAGAAUCCUUUCACCUGUCAACAAUGUGGAAAGAGUUUUACUAGAAAAGCAAACCUUGAGAUCCACUUGAGAAUUCACACUGGAGAAAAGCCAUUCAUAUGCCCUCAGUGUGGAAGGAGUUUCUAUCAACCAGCAAACCUUAGAGUCCACAUGAGAAUUCACACUGGAGAGAAACAUUUUACCUGCCAACAGUGUGGAAAGAGUUUCACUCAGAAUGGAAACCUCAAAGCCCACAUGAGGAUUCACUUAAGACAGAACAGUUUUAUAUGUCAUGAGUGUGGAGUGAGUUUCACGGACAGGAACGAAUUUAAGAAUCAUGUAACAACUCACACUGCAGAGAAAUUGAGAAUUCAGAGUGAAAUGAACACUUUAACAUGUUUCCCUAAGGUUUCAGAUCUAAAGAAAACUUAACAAUCACAUGUGCCAUCACAUGCCAUUAACUUAUUUUAAAGUGUUGAUCACCCAAAAAUAGUUAACCCUCAAGUUGUUCCAAACCUGUAUGAGUUAAAUUUUUAAGGCUAGAAUACAUUACACGGUUGUUAAAAUCUGAAUAGAUUUUACAAACAGCUGGGCAUUAUACACUCACCUAUAACUUUGUAAAUAGUCAAUGAGAAAAACGUACACUAAACAGAUCACACACUAACAGAGUGUAAAGUUCUGAUCACAACAAACUCGGAAACGUGCCUUGUUCCUCAUAGAUGCGUGACAAAUGAAAACGUUAUUUGUUCUAAAAUUGGCUUAAAAUAUCAAACGUUUUUAAUCUCUGAUGACUGGAUUUGAUUUACUUAGAAAUUUGCAAACUGGCUUCGACUUUCAAAACGUGGCAAAAAUCGUAUUGUAUUUCAGUCUUCAGAUUUACUGCCCCCUGAUUAUCAGUAUGAUGUCUGAGGAGUUACAUUUGGGGUUUCGAUGCUGAUUUGGAUCAUAAAGACUGGCAUGCUUUGAAAUGCUCCACAGAUUCUCAGCAGUAAGAGAGUGUUGAGUUGCCGUAGUUCAGUUCAUCCAUUUAUCAAUCUUUUGAAUUUGUAGGGCUGGGAAUCGAUUCCUUAUUCAGAGUAUUUUUCAGUUCAACAAAGCUUAUCUAUGGGAGUCUCUCUAACGGAAGACUACAUCCGACAAAGGCUGCACAUAUUUAAAUUCACGAAAAUAAACAGAAAGAAAACAAGCCGGCACUGAUCAUUUGAAUUUUAGUACCACAAUUAACCUAAGCCAUAAUUACAACA